GGGUGGGAGGGGGGUGAGAAACGAAGCAUUAGCUACGAAGGCUUGCCUUUCGGAGGGAGAAGAGAUCUAGCUUUGACUCUUGGCGGCUCUGAUCCCGUCAACAUUACAGACAAGGCUGAUCAAACCUCUCCCGAGUGAACAUAAAGUCAGUCCGUUCAUCAAAUGAAAUUAAUGAAUUAAAGUCAGUCGCUCAAUCCACCUCGACAAGGUGCCUGCAGACGGAUUAAAGGAGCCACUCGAGAUGUCAGGGUUCCUGCCCCUGGUCCAGGCUGACCCUCAGCAUCCCACCCACGAGGAGGAAGUCCUGGAGAACGUAUCGGAGGAGGAGCGGCCUGAUUCGGAUCGCCCCCGGAGUUUGGGAUCCACCGAGGAUGGUGGCGCGACCCUACUGCACUCAACGGACAUGCUGGAAUACCCCAACGGUAGCCAGCCACUGGCGACCGAGGGCAGCGCCAUCGAGAUGGUGCCCUCACCUUUGGCCGCCAACCCGGAGACCCCUCGUGCCGAUGGGGGGGUCGCGGCCGGCGACCUCUGGCCCAAGGAGGUCAACCCCAGGGUCCAGGUGGUGGGCCCGCCAACCAAGGGUGAAGAGCGGCCCUCGCCCGAGGCCGGGGAGGGGCCGGACUCCGGCGCCGAGGUGUCGUCUCGCCGGCCCUUCCUGAUGCCCCACUCCGGCCAGGGCAGCUGGCCGGCCCCUCGAGGCUACCCGCCGGCUGGCGCUGAGUGGCCGGACUCGGAGGAGGAGGAGGCGCAGGGGGCAAAGCGCCCGCCCUGUGCCCGCUGCACCCGGCCCAACCUCAAGGCCACGGCUGCAUUGUCCGGCGCCCUGCUCGUCUACCCCUGCUUCCUGUACGGGGCCUACAUCUUCCUGCCCUUCGACGUGCCCUUGAUGCCCGCCCUCAGCACCCGGGUGAUCUACACGCUCCGAUGCGGGGUCUUCACCACCGUUCCCAUAGUGAUGGGUAUCAUCGUGUACAGCCUGGCAAGGUGCUGCUCUGCCUGCAGUGAGUCUCUGGGACCCGGCAGGGAGCUGGUGGACGUCCACCGAGGCUUCGUGACCGACUCGAUCCAUCUCUUUGUGCUUUUCUACGCCAACCUCAUCGUCCUCUCAACACACCUCCCACAGGAAAUGCUCAAACUCCUCCCACUCCUCGCUGCCUUCUUCGCCCUCGCCAGGUUGAUUUACUGGGGGACGUCCGCCAUGAGCAGUACUUUCCGGGGCUUCGGAUACGGCCUCACCUUCUUCCCCAUCGUGGGCCUCCUGGUCGCCAACCUCUGCUACAUGUUCGUCCUGGGGCCCGACAAGAUGUUCGCCACCUCAGCCAGCGGGUCCGAAGGCCAGGAGGAGGCCUCGGGCCCACGCCAGAGAUUCUGGGGUUGAAGGUUCGAUCCUCGGAGAAUGGGCUCCUGUUGCCUUGGUCACUAUCGACUUGCCAGUUAUCAGACUCUUGUCUAGCUUAAUAACGGGUGUUUUGUUUAUUAUGGUUUAUUUUUCAGGCCUCCCCACCUCCCUUCCACCCCCACCUACAUCCUGUGUUUAUUCAGUUUCCAAUUCGACUGUAUUGAUAUUCUUUUUUAUACCUCCUCUGGCAGCCUCCCAGGAGAGACAAGGCGAAAUGAUGAAUAAAUUAAAGUGCAACACGA